CGUUAUUUAGUCUUUGUCCUUGAAAAGUAUCUUCAGUUGAUAUUCAAGUGGAGAAAAUUUCACCUCAGAGCGAUAUCCACUUUUCUCGUUACAUAAACCAUAAUUAUCUCAAAUUGCCACCUGUAGAAGCGAUUAAUUGCAUGUCGAUAUAACUUUCCAUGUGACUGAGAAAAUUCUUUGGAGGUGUAAUUGGAAUUGUAGGCAAUCAUGGCUAUGAUGUUGGGUGAAACUAUGCAGUCACAUGACUAAGAACGUCAGUCCGGCUUUGCAAAUGAAUAUUGGAAUAGAACAGUGAUUGUGUAUUAUAUUUAUUAAUCUAUGUAUCUUGCUUCUGGUCUUAAGAUAACGUUCUUGUUCCACAUUUCAGUCAAUUUCCUUACGGCAUUUAAAGCAUAAAAUACUGUAAAAGUUUUUAACUCGGAAGAAAAAACUUAGGAAGGUUUGCAAGGGAAUAUAUUUGCUUUGGAGAUGGAGUCUUUGGAAUUGUGUCAGCCAUUGAUACGGAAAAACGACGAAUUAACAUAUUACCAAAAGCUGAAAAAGGUUCUCCCAACGUUGACAUCCGAAAAAAUAAUACGAUAUAUGCUCUUGCUAUGGUUACUACUGAGCAUUACAAUGAUAAUGGCGUUGCAUUAUGUGAUUUCAAAUAAAAUAGACGAAACAGAUGGAAUUACAUCGGAAAUCGUCUAUGAUAUAUAUAGUUUUAAUGGAAGUGAGAAAGAGAGAAAACAGUUUCUACAGGAAUGGGGAAAAGCGAAGUCGCUACUGUUGGAAGAGAAAAAGAUAUUAGAUUAUGUACAUCAAAAACAUGAACCUUCGUAUAACAUGUCUUCGUUUGAUGAAUGGCAAAAUUUAUUAAGAAAUGGUUCGAAGCCUGAUGUCUCCCUUCAAAUACAAGAUUGUGCUUUUAUACUAGAACACAUCAAAAGAAAAUUCAAGCGUUGUGUCAGCUUAGAUGUGAUACCAGACGAGUGCAGAAAUGUAAUAUUGCCUCCAAUACAAUGCGAACCAAACAAGCGUUAUAGAAAUAUCGAUGGAAGUUGCAACAAUCUUGCCAAUCCACGCUGGGGAAUGUAUGGUGCAUCAUUUCUUAGACAUCAGAAAGCUCAUUACGCAGAUGAUGUUGCUCAUCUUCGGCAGUCCAUACAUGGAGUUCCACUUCCUAAUGCUCGGGUACUAUCAAAUAAACUCUCUUCGCGCAAGACUCUAUCAGAUGCAAAUACGACCAUGCUUUUGAUGAAUUUUGGUCUCUUAAUUGAUCACGAUGUUGUUAGAUCGGCUCCAGCAGCAGGUGCUAUUUUAGGUUGCUGCAGUCCUGACGUCCUUCGCCAUCCCCUAUGCUUGGAAAUAGAAAUUGAAGAUUCUGACAAUUUUUACGCCCCGCUAAAUGUGUCUUGCUUGAACUUCGUUAGAGACGGCCCAGCUAUAGGAAUUUGUCCAGGACUCCGGGAGCAAAGAAAUCUCAUGACAUCGUUCAUUGAUGGUUCUGCAAUAUAUGGACCUACCUUGGAGGAAACUAAUCGACUUCGAACGUUUAGUGGCGGAAAACUUCGUGCAUCUAUAAUUGGAAAUACUCCGUUACUGCAUAUCAAUGAAAAUUCUGGAAAAACCUGUUACACAAGAAAUUUCCCUUAUAAAUGUUUUUCGUCUGGAGACAUCCGUGUCAAUAUGCAUCUUGAGCUAAUGACUAUGCACACAAUAUGGUCCCGUGAGCAUAACCGUUUGACUGACGAACUGCAAAAAUUGAAUCCUACUUGGUCCGAUGAAAAAUUGUUUCAAGAAGCCAGAAGAAUUGCCAUAGCUGAAAUACAACUGAUUACUUACCGAGAAUUUUUGCCAGAGAUACUUGGAAAUAAAGAGAUGGAAAAGCACAAUUUACAAAUAAAAGAAAACGAACCGUUUGAUGGAUAUGAUGAAACUGUUGAUGCAGGUAUAUAUAAUGUAUUCUCAACAGCUGCUUUCAGAUUCGGGCAUACCCUUGUUCAAAGUAUCUUGGAGUUCAGAGGGCCAGACCAUAAAUUGAGAAGCAAAAUUCCUUUACAUAAAACUUAUAUGAAUCCAAGCAUUCUCUACAAAUGUGGAUUGGAUCAUGUUACGCUGGGUAUGGCUUCUCAAAGAACGCAUCAAGUAGAGCCUUAUACUACGACAGAGGUUCGAGGAAGAUUGUUACAGCAUUACUUUGAGAAUCAUGGUCAUGAUUUAACUGCAAUGUCGAUUCAGAGAGGAAGAGAUCACGGUUUACCUUCUUAUACAAAAUGGCGCAAAUAUUGUGGUUUAUCAGAGGUAAACACAUGGGAAGAUCUUUAUGAAAUUAUGACUAAGAAUCGAGUUGAUGACCUGAGAGAAAUGUACAUGUCUGUUGAGGACAUCGAUCUCAUUCCUGGGGCAUUAGGAGAACAUCAUGAGAAGGGAUCAUUACUUGGCCCUACUUAUCUUUGUCUCAUUAGCAAGCAAUUCCAGAACCUUCGAAGAGGAGACCGCUUCUGGUUCGAAAAUCAGAAACAAGCUGGAUCAUUUACGAAAGAGCAACUGAAAGAAAUUUACAAAACCAGUUUUGCUAGAGUACUUUGUGAUACAUCAGAUGCACUGAUGACAAUUCAGAAGUUUCCAUUCCUUGUGACUUCCGAUAGAAAUCCAGUCAAGAAGUGUAAAGAUUUCCCUAGCAUGAAUCUGUCGUUGUGGAAAUAGAUGCAUUAAAAGAACUGUGAGGAGUAUUCGCUAAUGGAAGAUUUUUCUCGUUCAGACAAAUUCUUCAGAUUGUGCAUAGGAAAGAAUGAUAUUUUCCUUUUAAAAUACUACGGUUAUUCAUCGGCCAUGUUUGAAAAUAUGCUGCAAAGAUGUCGAUGGACUCAAGUACAAAUAACAGCUAAUAUUUCAAAGCAAUAUUUCCAUAUCAAAGAUAUUAAAGAAGAAAGAGGAAUAAAAGUCUGAAUUUGAAA